AUGCUUUUGUUUUCUAUGCUUUCUUUUGUAUUCUGUAAAACAGAGGAAAUAAGCCUGGAAUUUGCAGACCUUAGCGGCCAAAUGAUCCCAAUGGAAAGUGUUCCCUUGUCUUCCAGCCUCAUUAUGGUCUUUAGAGCCUUUGGAAGAGACUUCAGGCUUAAGCUGGCAGAUUCAUCCCUUGAAAUCAAUGGGACAGUCAUGAGGCAGAACCUGUGUGACUUUUCCAUUGAAUGUCUUGAUGAAGAAGAGUGCUACGGCUCAAUAUCCUUCUGUAAUUUCAUUUAUGGAUCGUUCGUAUCCUCUGGAGUUAUGUAUCGGAUCCAAUCGGGAGAAGAUGGGAGAGUCAUAAUCAAGAAACUGGGAAAUAUUUCCAUGAAUAGACAAGAGGAUUCCAAGGAGCGCAAAGAAGUGAAGAACACUAAAAAAGUUAUCAAAGUGUUUUUGAUCAACGACUUCGAUAGAGUUCAGGAGAUAGGUCCGGACAUCAAUCUUGACACAAUAGAAAUAUUCAGAAACGCAAAAGACAUAUUUGAAAGGAACAGAUGGAGCAUCGAUGGCAUCAGGCUGUCCCUGAAUGGAAUACUUAAUGUUAUAGACAAGCCUUUGAUUCCGAAAUCUUACGUUAGACUACGAGAGUUAGAAAUGAUAAAAACGAGAGACAUUGAUCCAGAAUGGAUUGAAAAAACCGAUAGUGUUGGAACACUCAGGAAAUUUAGUAGGAUCCUCAGGCCUGUAAAAGAGAAUACAAGGAUAGGGAUGCUCCUAGAGAAGUCUAAUCUUGUCCUUCUUCUUCAGACAUCCAGCAUAAAAGUGAAUGGGUUGACGUUUGUUGGAGGAAUGGGCUCUAUCACAAGGAGAUUUGGAGUUGUUAAGAUAUUGGAGUCGGACUCGUACUUCUAUAAGGGGAAGGUGCUUGCACAUGAGAUAGCACAUGGGCUGGGUGCAGAACACGAUUUGGAUAAAGGGUGUCUAAUGAGGGAGGAAGAGGGUCCGUUAGAGAAGGAAGAGAGUGCUGUCCUCAGUAACCGAAACAUAAAGCAAAUAGAAAGGUUUAUUCUGAAGAACAAGAUCCAGUUCGAUGAGAUAGACACUUGUGGAAAUGGCGUGGUUGAGGGAGAAAAAGAGUGUGACUCAGGUCUUCCAAAUGGUUCUCUUUGCUGUACUAGACAAUGCAAGUUAAGGUCUGGGGCACAGUGCGAUGACCGAAAUGGAAGAUGUUGUAAAGACUGCAGCUUACUUCCAAAAAACACAAUGUGCAAAGAAAGAUCUUCAAAUAUUCACAAGAUGAACUGUGAGGAGGGGAGUUACUGCGACGGAGAAUCCCCUAUAUGCAGAAUCAAGUAUGCUCAGGAUGGGUCUAGGCCGGUCCCAGAAGGCUUCUGCAAGAAAGGAGUAUUGCAAACAGAAGCCUUGAUGUGCGAAAGAGUAGGGAAAUUUCCCAGCACAAAGUGCUCAUCUAAGGAUGGCAGUCUCUGGUGUCUGGACCAGUACGAUGUAUGUUCUCCAGUCUUCACUUCACUUUUUUCCCCAAUAAAACUUCCGGACAUCUGGAGUCAGAAGGCUAAUACUCUAGCUGUCAUUAGAAGUAGAUCCGUAAUCUUACUGAUGAUUGUGUUGAUAAGUUUAUUGAUAACCUCUAGACUCAUUGUUCUAAGAAGAUAG